CGAUGAUAUGCGAUCGUUCCCGAAUGCCGCUCGAAGUCCCACAUCCUUGCCGUCCUAAAUUCAGUAACCUAUCGUGAACCACGUCAAAUAUAGAUGAAAGUGAUUUACUAAUUACGCCAUUGUUUAUUUACUAUUUUGAUGAGAUAUUUUGUACUACUUAUAUUAGUGAAGUUUUAAUGUAGGUACAGUUGUGUUACUUACGCAGUAUAACAUUUUGUUAUCUGUUAAUUGGCAUUCGACAUAAAUAAGUCGUCUUCGAUUUGAGUUAAUUAUACAUCGUGUUGUGUUUACUAUAGGACUUGUACCUAUGUGUAGUGUUAUUGUUAGUGUGUUCAUUUAAUUAAAUGGUGUAGUUAUAUAACAAAUACCCAUACAAUGGCAACAUUACCGAGAAUGCAUAACUCUAAACAGGCAGCUGGUAUAUCAUCUCCUUUUAGUACCAGCCCACGGAAACUACAGGAAAUGGCGUUACCCCCAUCUGAAGGGCAUGAUGUUACCACUGCAAGCGGUAUUAGUAUGAAACAAUACGAAGAACAACUCAAUGGCUUAAGAAAGGAAAAUUUCCAUUUGAAACUGAGGAUAUAUUUUCUUGAAGAGAAGUUGGGUACCGGAGCUCCGCCAGCUGUACAAGGACUUUUGGAACACAAUGUUCGCCUUCAAGUGGAAGUGGAAGAACUAAGACGACAGCUCACUGAUAAACAAGAGCUUCUUGCUGCAGCUGCAGAAGCUAUCGAUGUUUUGGAACAGCAAGGUUCUAUAUCAACUGACAGUGUGGAAAUAUCUAUGAAUAACAGCAAUAUUGUAAAAAAAGAAAUCACCUCAUAUGAUCUGGAACCUGAAAAGAGAGAGCCAGUCGAUGAUACGUGUGCGGAAUCUGAAUCCGCCGGGGAUUAUUUGGCUGUUACAGUAAAUAAUGAAGAUUUGGAUGAGCUCGUAAAAUUACGUAGAGAAAACAAGAAGGCAUUGCAGAUGAUCAAAGGAUGUAUGAAAAAAAUUCAGCAACAAGACAAAGAAAUUAAGAAAGUGAAAUUAGAUAAGGAAUUGGUAUAUGCACACGUGAGUGACUCACAAUUAGAGAAAUACGAGGAAAUCUUGAAGUGUAAAGAUGAACAUAUUAAGGAUUUGGAAGGCAAAGUCAGGGAUUUGCAAAAACAUUUUGAGAAAAAUGAAAAUAUGGACGCGGGAAAUCUUCAACAGCUGCUUACUAAAAGGCUACAAGGAUUGGCAUAUUUCUUGGAUAAAUUACUAUCACACAAAUGUGUGCUUGGAGAGGAUAAGAAAAAAUUGGCUGCGAGUAUACUAGAACAAAGUCUUGCCUUGCCCGUAGGUCUAGAAUUAGACGAAUCUAUGGCACCGGAGGAAUUCACUAUGGAUGAAAGCAAUUUGGAUAUAUCACAAUCGCUAAGAAUUGAAGAUCUUACUAUGAUGUUCGGACACCAUGUAGCAUGUAGUGAUGAUAACAGAUAUUCAAGCCACCGAAAGGCCCUAAUGAAACAUUUCCCUCAAGCAGAUGUUAUAUCGGAGUCCGAAUGCUGGUCAGAGCCAGAUAGAAACGUGUCGCUGGCUCGGGUUGGUUUGUGCGAUACAGGUGUCGGAUUACGUGAAUCUAGUACUGACAUAGGUAAAGUUCGCUCUCGGCGUGCUCGUAUAUCGUAUGGUUCUCGAUCAGAAGACAAUAAACCAUCUAGUGAAGCAUUGAUUGAGGAACUGAAUCACUACACCAAGAGAAAUGAACAAUUGGAGGAAGAAAACAAUGACUUAAAUAAUAAACUGGAGUUUUCAAAAGAACAAAUCAAUGAACUGCUUACAGAAAAUCAAGAAUUAAAACAAAAUAUAAUUUCUCAAGAACUAAGUUUUACUGAAGCUAAUAAAACCAUAGAUGAGUUAAGGACUAAAGUAACGGGCUUGGAAUGCCGUCUCAAAGAUGUUGAACAAAAGCUCUCAGAGUCUGUACAAUCAAUUGAAAAAAUGCGUUCAGAAAGACAAGAGUUGGAAGCUACAUUUAUGGACACAGAACGUUCCCUAAAGCGUGCUGCUGACGAAGCCACCGUGCAAGCUUCACAAGCAGCUUUAGAAAGAGCUCGCGCCCAACAUGACAGACUACGUAUAGAAAGAGAACUAGAAGAAACACGCGAAAAGCUUUCUAAUGCAUUAGAAAUAAAUUCUCGGCUUGAAAUAGAAGUAACACGCAAAAUGGCUUUAGAGCCUAAUAAUAAAGUAGCUAUUGUACACGACGCUCAUCAUUCUGAAGAAGAACGACCAACUUCACCAGAUCAAGGCAUCGACAGUGAUAGGCUGUCGAGCUUAGAACAAAACGAUCCAGUCGCACUCUCACCCCGCUCGUUAUACGAAGAGAAUGUCACAUUAAAGCAGAAGCUCGCGAGGACCAAGGCCACUCUCGCUGAAACUCUGAUGCAGUUAAAUGCCGCUAAUAUGCGUAAGCGGAGUGUUCAGCGAGCUAUUUGUAGAGAAAUACACAAAACUCAAGGAGUACUGCGAAAAGCCCGUGAUCAGUUUGAAAAUCAAGACCCAUUCAAAUAGAUCAGAGAUUGUAAUUUCUCUGGGACCCUUUUCCAAGGUUGCACAAAAAGUGAUGACAAUGUAAGAUAAAUGAUUUUGUUUAUGUGUAUAAUUAUUAUGUAAUCGACAAUAAGAUGUGUCAGGUUGAAUGGAAUUUUGUAUCUUGACAAGUAUUGAAUAAUUUUGAACGUUGUUAUAGUUUACUUACACUGCUAACGACUAUUACUAUAGGCAGUUAUAAAUGCAUAAGUUAACCAAGGAAAGAAAACGUUAACUAGCUUUACAGUACAAUAAUAAACAAACAAACUGUCAUUCACUCAAUCACAAUCUAGUGUCACAAGUGAUACUCUAGGCUUCAAAUUUUCACAAACAUAUACUGUGCAAGGUGAUGAUAAAUAUAAUUUGAAAAAAGAUCUUUAACUUGAGUUUAAGCUUUUUAUAAGUAGGUAUUGAAUUAUUGGACAAAAUUGUCUGACCCCACAUUACUACUGAUGACUGAAUCAAAGACUGUGAUUGAGUUAAUUUUAAAAAUUAGUUGUAAAACAUGUUGGUAUUUGAAAGAAUGCUCACUACCAAGAACGUGUACAUGAGUUUUGUAAAAUAUUUAUCGAUAAAGUUGUCUCUAUGUCUAACAAUUAUUUUAUUUUGAUUAAAAUCCUAAUCUAAA